AUGGCAGAUAUGUUGGACCUUCUCAAGGUCAUCGUUCAGAACACGGCCCAUCCUGUUGGCGGUAGAGCUGACCCACAUGGAGGUUUCUUCGAGUUUCUCCGUACUCAACCUCCAAUCUUCACCCGCGCUGAAGAUCCCAGUGACGUUGAUGAUUGGCUUCAUACAAUUAGGCAGAAACUUGCUCUCAUGCAGUGUGAUGACCAAGAGAAAUGCUUUUCACAUGCUAAGUAUGUGAGAGAUGUCAAGAAGCACGAGUUCCUCAACUUGAAGCAAGGGGACAAGUUAGUAAUGGAUUACGUGCAGAAGUUAAACUCUUUGGCACAGUAUGCACCUGAGUUCAUUUCCACUGACAAGCGAAAGCAAGAAUACUUCAUGGACGGGCUUUCUACGAAGAUGCAAAAGAGACUCUCAAUGCAUAACUUUGAGGAUUUCAACAUGAUGGUGAGCAAGUCAAUCACGGCGGAGUACAAGAUGAAGAAGCAUGAAGAUGAGAAGAAGCGUAAGUGGGAGGAGCAAUUUUCUGAUGGGGGCAAUGAGCAACACUUAUGCGCAGAACCAUCACUUUCAUCUCAUGCAAUGGCUAUGUUGACCGGUGCUCGGGUGUUCUCCAAAAAUGAUUUGAGGUUGGGCUAUCAUCAGAUAAGAAUCCAGCCGGGGGACAUUCCAAAGACAUCUUUCUCUUCUCGCUAUGGACUGUAUGAGUUCACGGUCAUGUCCUUCAGCCUGACCAAUAUGCUGGCGUACUUCAUGUAUCUGAUGAACACGGUCUUCAUGGAGGAGCUGGACCAGUUUGUUGUGGUUUUCAUCAAUGAUAUUCUUAUUUACUCCAAGACCGAAGAAGAUCGUUUCCAAUUGAGGCACACAGUUCACCUCUUACUUCUAGAGAAGACUUCACAAGGGUAUGAGAACCGAAUUGUUCCAUAG